UAACCACAAGUAGGUGGCAACAAUUUGUUUUGAGACACAUAUGUGUGUGUAUAUAAUUCUUUGGCAUACUUCCUAUAUGAAACUUAAUGGCAAACACCGCGUCUAAAAUAGAAAAAUGUCGAGAUAAAGAACACUUUGUCGUUGUAUUUCUUAAAUGCUGAUGACACUACGGAUAAAUUAUAAACAAGUCAUUUGAACGUACAAAAUGCACGGAGCAACACCUCGUAAAAAGGUUCGCGCUGUUGAACGAAUUAGAUCAAACGGUUCGAGCAGUGACGAGGAUGUCUUUGGCUCGCCAAGGAAAAACAAACGUGUUAUCCAACCCAACUACUGGAAAGCACCCGACACGACGUACGACGCAAGCAAGCGAAGGAUAAAAUUUAAUGUUUCCGGGACAAUUUUUGAAACUUACGAGAAAACGUUAGAUCAAUUCCCGGAGACCACGCUGGGUUGUCCCUUGCUUCGACGGGAAUUCUACGACGCUUCGAGCAACGUGUAUAUUUUACCCUGCGAUAAAUUUGCAUUCGAUGCGAUUUUGUUCUAUUAUCAGUCGAACGGCAUACUUUCGCGGCCGGAAACGGUCGCCGGCGACGUGUUCCGAGAAGAACUCCGAUUUUUUCGAAUUAAGGACCACAGGUUCCCUUGUUUAGACUCGGAAUACGAAACAGAGCCUACCUACGAAGAAGAUCAUUUUAAAAGCAAGGUUUGGACGUUUCUUGAAGAUCCGGAUUCCAGCAUUUGGGCAAAAUGUUUUAGCUAUAUCACCAUUUUUUUAAUACUGUUCAGCGUCGUAAUCUACAUCUUAGAGACACUCCCAGAGUUCUCAAAUACCGCGAGUCGAAAGAACAGUGUGGAGGGGUCUAAGGCGAGUCUUUUUACGUUAUGGUUUUAUAUGGACACUGUGUGCAUAGCGUGGUUCUCAUCCGAGUACCUUCUUCGGAUAAUCUUCGCGCCAAGCCGGUGGUGGUUCGUGAAAUCGCCAUUCGGUAUGCUGGACUUAAUCGCAAUCUUUCCAUUUUACGCGAAACUUCUUGUCGAAGAUUCUGUCGGCGUUAGUUCGCUCGUGGUCGUUCGUAUAAUUCGUAUCACGAAGUCUUUACGAUUGCUCAAACUAUCGCGGUAUUACGCGGGGUUACAAGUCUUUGGCCGCGCGGUGCAUGACUGUGGGGGAAAACUUCGCGCGCUUGCGAUGUGCGUCGUAAUAACGGUAAUACUGUUCUCGAGUUUCUUGUUUUUCGCAGAGACAGGCAUGGAAGACGAAAAUAAGUCACAGCUUUGUAGCAUGGAAGACGAAAAUAAGUCACAGUUUUGUAGCAUUCCAGAUACGUUUUGGUACACGAUUAUCACCAUGGUAACGGUGGGUUACGGUGACGUAGUACCCAAAACAGUGGCGGGAAAAAUACUUGGAGGAUAUUGCGCGCUCUUCGGGAUUAUUAUUUUGUACUGUUUUCCGACUCCAAUCGUGGUUCUUCAUUUCAAUAAGUUAUACAAGGAAUACGUCGCUUCCAGUGGACAGAAUAUGAGUAAAGAAGAGAAAGCAUUAGUUAUGGCGAGAAGUUGAUAAAGGGAAAUAUUUUUUUCUAGUCUCAUUUCCGGUUACGAGUGGAAUAUUAUCAUUAACUUUGGCGGGCAUUGCAGUGUAUUUUGCGGGCUAAGACGAUAAAUUUGCCAGGCUGAAAUAUAUUUUAGCCCGCUGAUCUAAGCCAAUCAGAAGAAUGACUUAAGUGUUUAUCCAUUGCAUAUUUUUUUAUAAAAAAAUUGCCCUUUUAAAGUUAAUAUAAUAGUAAUACGGUCUAAAGUCGGGCCAAAAACAUAUUUACGUCCGCGAACAUCAACGCUGUUGUUAUGAAUAAAAUCAAGCUUUGAGAUAAAAUUUAAUUUUAAAAAUUUAUUUAUGUGCUCAAUUUUAGUUGUGUCU